AGCAACAAUUCAAGAAACAGCGCCAUCGAAACCCCAAACAACAUUCAAAUAUACUCUUGCCAAAAAAGAAAAAUCUCUUGAGUGUUUUGAAAAUGUCAGGUCGUGGAAAGGGAGGAAAGGGAUUGGGAAAGGGAGGAGCGAAGAGGCACAGAAAGGUGCUUCGUGAUAACAUUCAAGGAAUCACGAAACCCGCCAUUCGCCGUUUGGCUCGCAGGGGAGGCGUCAAGAGGAUCAGCGGUCUCAUCUAUGAGGAGACACGUGGCGUCCUCAAGAUCUUCUUGGAGAACGUCAUUCGCGAUGCCGUUACCUACACCGAGCACGCUCGCCGCAAAACCGUUACUGCCAUGGAUGUCGUUUAUGCCCUCAAGAGGCAGGGAAGGACUCUCUACGGUUUCGGUGGUUGAUUCAAUUUAGGGUUUAGUAUUUCCUCGUGCUUGUAAAUGUUUCAUGGAUUAGUGAGCUCGAUGAAGUUUAGUGUUGGAUCUAGAGGAAAUGGAAAUGAUUGUUUUUUUUUUUAUUUUGGUUUUGGAAUCUUGAUGUUAUGUAUUCUAUAUGAAAUGUUAAGCUGAAGGAGUUAGUAA